AUGGCCAGAAGAGUUACUGCAGUAGGCCACUUAUAUAUGGCAUGCUUGUUUAUCCUGAUAAUUUCGUUACAAGACAGCAGGGGCAGGGCAUCUGAUACAUUGACUAAAGAUAGUCCAAUCUACUUAGGAAAUACUCUUGUCUCUGCUAAUCAGUUAUUUGAGUUAGGCUUCUUUAGUCCAGGUAAUUCCACAAAGAGAUAUCUUGGCAUAUGGUACAAAAAUAUCAUUUCAAGGAAAGUUAUAUGGGUCGCAAACAGAGAAAAUCCAUUCUCGGUUUCUGACGAAAAGUGUAGCCUAAAAAUUGCCAAUGAUGGGAAUUUGAGAAUCUUAGAUGGUGAGCGUAACACUGUCUGGUCAACAAACGUAAGGCUCCAGUUCAAUGAAACAAUUGCAAAGCUUACAGACACAGGAGACUUUUGGCUUAAUGAUACCGUCUCGGGAUCAAUAUUGUGGGAAAGUUUUGACCAUCCCAGUAAUAGUCUAUUACCAGGCAUGAAGCUUGGGACAAAUGGGAAAACACGAGGGAACCAAUUAUUGACAUCUUGGAAAAAUGAUGAUGAUCCAGCGUCUGGAAAUUAUGUAGUUGGACUUUCAGCAGAGCAGCCACCACAAGUUUUUAUCUGGGUUGGUUCAAAGCCACACUGGAGAGGUGGGCCAUGGGACGGAGGGAAGUUCAUAGGUAUACCAGAGCAGGAUCCGGGUUACUCAGAAUUAAUAAGUCUCAUCCCAGAUAACUCACGAGGAGCAUAUCUCACGAUAAACCUUUUAGACUCAUCUGAUUUCCGAUGGCUUUAUUUACAACCUCGUGGCGUGUUACAAAUGAAAUACUGGAAUGAUGAUGAUAACAUGUGGGAUUUUGGAUGGGAAGCACCACAUUAUCCUUGUGAUGUUUACGGUGUCUGUGGUGCUUUUGCAAUUUGUAGAAACGACAAGUCUCCUAUUUGUGAGUGCUUAAGAGGAUUUGUGCCAAAGGCGGAUGAUGAAUGGAGAAAAAGCAAUUGGACAAGGGGUUGUGUGAGGCGAAGUGGGCUUUUGUGCGAGAUGAAUGAAAGUAGCAUAGCUUCUAGAAAGACUAAGCCUGAUCAAUUUCAGGUUCUAAAAUCUGUCAAGCUCCCAGAUCAUUAUCAUUAUUUUCCAAACAUGGAUACUGAUGCAUGCCAGCGCUGGUGCUUGGGUAACUGUUCUUGCAAGGCAUAUGCCUUUGUGAUCGGCAUUUACUGUAUGGCUUGGACAGAAGAUCUCAUGGAUAUCGAGCAGUUCUCGUUUAAUGGGGAGGAUCUUUUCUUACGCCUUUCUUAUACCGAAUCAGGCAAAGAAUCGAAUGGAGUAGCACUUGCCAUCAAUCUCGCAAUCGUAGGGCGUGAACUUUUAGGAGUUAUAGUUGCCUUUGUGUUUUGUUUAUACAGGUGUAUGACAUACAAAAAAGGAAGGAAAACCAUGUUAAAUCACCUACACUCAGAGGAUGAAACUAUUUCGAUGGAUAUAUUACAAGAAGUUCUUAACCAGGAUUCUUUGGAAUUGACGAUAUAUGAGUUCAAACAGAUAGUAGCUGCCACUAACAACUUCUGCUUCAGAAACAAACUUGGUGAAGGCGGAUUUGGGCCCGUUUAUAAGGGAACGCUAGAUGAUGGACAGGAAAUAGCAGUCAAGAGGCUGUCAGUUGACUCGGGGCAAGGAAUUGGAGAGUUCAAGAAUGAAAUAGUAUUGAUCUCCAAUCUCCAACACAGGAAUCUUGUUAAACUUUUAGGUUGCUGCGUUAAAGGAAAAGAGAGAUUACUGAUUUACGAGUACAUGACUAACAAAAGCUUGGACACAUUUCUCUUUGAUCCUAUAAAACGAACACAGCUUGAUUGGGCAAAACGGUACAACAUUAUUCAAGGGAUUGGUCGUGGGCUUAUUUAUCUCCAUCGUGAUUCUUGUUUAAGGGUCAUACACAGAGAUUUGAAGUGCAGUAAUAUUCUACUGGAUGAGAAAAUGAAUCCCAAGAUAUCAGAUUUUGGAUUGGCACGGACAUUUCAAAUGACACAUGAACUGGCAAAUACUCACCGCAUUAUUGGAACAUACGGCUAUAUGUCACCUGAAUAUGCAAUGGGAGGAGUUAUUUCGGAGAAAUCAGAUGUUUUUAGUUAUGGAGUAAUGCUAUUAGAGAUCAUAAGUGGCAAGAGGAACAAUGAAUUGAUCAAUCGGGAACAGACUUAUCCUCUUGCACAUGCAUGGAAAUCUUGGAAGGAAGGAAGAGGAGAAGAAUUUAUGGAUCAAGCAUUGAGAGAGUCGUCAUGUCUAUCAGAGGGUCUGCGAUGCAUACACGUGGGACUUCUUUGUGUUCAGGACCUGGCUAAAGAUAGGCCAACAAUAACAGAAGCGGUUUCUAUGCUUAGCGGUGAAAUUGAUCUUCCAGAACCAAAAGAACCGUUGUUUACUUUACAAAGGCUGCCCGGUACCAGCAUUCGACAGGAUGCCAAUAGUAUAUGUUCUAUAAAUGCAGUCACUACAUCCAUGGCUGAAGGGCGAUAGCCAGCCAGCCACGACAGA